GGUCUGGCUUUAGAUGGUCUCCGCCCGAGAGUAUGGCGGUUGAGGAUCCUGGAAGAUGCAGAAUAGCUAUUCCGGAAUGCAGCGUCGUCCUAAGGAUCUCCAAAUGACGCUCGGAGGGGACGCGUGAUGCCUUAUAUGCUCGUCUUUGAAGGGACUCGAGGCGUUUUUUAUUACCUAAUAUGUACGCAAAUACUUCGGGCAGGCUUUUAAAAUAUUAUUUCUUCAAGCAGCUGUUGGGUUCCGGCUUUUGUACGUUGUUAGAGAUGCCAUGAAGCCCGCGCAUUGGCUCUUUGUGCGUCUCUCUCUAUGGUGAGUGUUGCAAUUCAGCAAUGGCUCCGCGUCUGCUCGACUUCUGCAAUAUUCAAGGCAAGUUUCCCGUCGCAUCUGAUCGGCUUGGACACUGUUAGCUGGUUGCAUUACGCGCGUCACGUCGGGGUCGGAUCCGUGCGCAAUGCGCGAAUAUAAGGUGGUGGUGCUCGGCAGCGGAGGGGUCGGGAAAUCCGCUCUCACUGUCCAAUUCGUGACCGGGACCUUCAUCGAGAAGUACGACCCGACUAUCGAAGACUUCUACCGCAAGGAGAUCGAGGUGGACUCGUCGCCGUCGGUGCUGGAGAUCCUGGACACGGCCGGUACGGAACAGUUCGCGUCCAUGCGGGAUCUCUACAUCAAGAACGGCCAGGGCUUCAUCCUGGUCUACAGCAUGGUCAACCAGCAGAGCUUCCAAGAUAUAAAGCCCAUGAGAGAUCAGAUCAUCAGGGUGAAGAGGUAUGAGCGCGUGCCCGUGAUACUUGUGGGAAACAAGGUGGACCUGGACAAUGAGCGCGAGGUUUCAUCAAGCGAGGGUCAAGCUCUAGCUGAAGAAUGGGGCUGCCCAUUCAUGGAGACAUCGGCCAAGAGCAAAACCAUGGUGGACGAACUGUUCUCGGAGAUAGUCAGACAGAUGGACUAUUCCUCUCAGCCGGAUAAGGAAGACCCAUGCUGCUCUUCCUGCAAUAUACAAUAACCCCACAAUCAGGAGCCACAUAAGGUUUUCAAAGGGGUACAACAUGGAGCUCUUCACUAAAGUGAUGUCCAUACACGUCAUGCACACGUGAAUGGUGUCUAAACACUAGACAAUCCUACAAAUUCAUUGAUUUCAAUUGGAAAGAAGCAUCCAACAUACCCAGCUAAAAGGGAACAUUCUCA